UCCCUGAGCUCUCCACCGCUUCUCUUCAUUUCAGCACUCCCAAGAUUCAGAUUCACCUCCCGUGCCAAAACAUGUCUUGCUACAUCCCAUCUUGUGGCCCAUCCUGCGCCAUCCCAUCUUGCGCCUCAAAACCUGUCAUUGGUCUUGGACGGUGUGGUGUCGGCUCUGGCUUCGGGGGCAUCGGCUACGGAAGCCUUGGAGGGGGUGGCGGAGUCUCAGCCAGCAGUCUUGGGGUGCUGUCUGGAGUCCACCCCUCAUGCGUCAACCAAAUCCCACCAUCUGAAGUGGUGAUCCAGCCACCUCAGGUCGUGUUGACCAUCCCUGGACCCAUCCUGUCUGCCAGCUGUGAGCCCGUGGCAGUCGGAGGCUACUCACCAUGUGCUUCUGGAGGUUAUGGAGGUUAUGGAGGUUACGGAGGUUACGGAAUAGGUUACGGAGGGGGCUAUGGACGCCUUGGAGGUGGAAUUGGGGGCAUCUGUGCACCAAAACGAAGGCAAAGCAUCUGCAAGUACCCCUGCUAAACCCAAGCUCAGCCAUGAUGGUCUGAACAACCAGGAACUGUCAAGACAAAGAAGAAUCCAUGCCUGAAUCGAUAGCGUUUCAGGUGUUGUGCAUACCUGUAAUUCUGGCUGAAGUUCAAGGUGUUCUUCACCUGUGAGAACCAAGCCCAGGUAUCUGUCUCUUGCUCUCUGCUGUUUCCUCCUGUAACACAGGGGUGGCUAACCUUGCUUCUUCUUUCAGUGUGGGGGCUGCAUUCACCCUUGUCCAACCCCACCU